AUGGCCUCACUCCCACCCCAGCAGCAGCAGCGCAGGGCUUCGCCGCCUACAGAACCGGCCAGCCCAGAGCAGAGCCACGCAGCCCGAACGAAUAGCUUCUCUGCCGCGUCGGUUGACUCGCAGACCCUCCUGCUCAAUUUCCCACCCACCGAAUCCGUGAAAUCUGCCGAGGCAGCGCAGCAGAACGUGCCAGCGCAGACGGAAGCGCAACCUAUCGAAGACAACGAGCCGCGCCGGUGUUGGAUUUGCUUCAACGAUGAGACAGAGGAUGAUGAAACAACUUCGGAGUGGCGAUCGCCAUGUCCUUGCGUUCUAGUCGCGCAUGAAAGAUGCCUUUUGGAUUGGGUAGCGGAUAUGGAAGCACCAAACUCACGUCGGCGCGCGGGAAGGACUGCAGGGAAGAUACUGUGCCCGCAGUGCAAGUCCGAGAUACGGUUAGAGCGACCACGGAGUCUUGCUGUGGAGACUGUUCGCACUGUUGAGAGGCUCACCAAGUUGAUGGUGCUUCCUGGAAUAUUCUUUGUUGUUGGAACUGCAACUUACACUACCCUGCGCUGGAUCGGAACUGAUACUGUGUACAAGAUCUUUGGAAUAGGAGAUGCUCGCAGGAUCCUACAACCACUGUACACCCAACCGGAUCCCACCACCAACUCAGUUACCAUGCACAUGCUCAACCACUUGCGCAACAACUGGCAGCUUGAUCUCGGCCUGCCGGCCAUACCUACCAUACUUAUUCUGAGCAGGACAAGAAUUGCAGAUUCUUUCCUGCCGUUCCUCCCUCUUGUAUUUUUCGCCAGUGGAGGAGGCGUACAACACGACGCCUUACUGCAGUUCACAUGGCCGCCGAGUGCUGCCUUCACUGUUGCCGCCCUACCCUACAUGCGGAGCAUCUACAACUCGUACUACGAUCGGUUCUGGUUACGGCACGAGCGGCACUGGCUGAAGGAGGUCCAGCCAAGAGCUGAUGCGGAAGCUGAAAUCGAUGCGGACGGACAAGGUGGUGAGGACGAUGCGGAAGCCAUGCUCAACGCUAUAGUAGAGGAAGAUGGAGGAGACGAGGAUGGUGAAAACGUUGUCGAGCUGGAGGUAGAUGUCGAUUUGCUCUUCGACUGGCACGGCGGCGGUCCGGCAGAAAAUAACAACGCCCCAGAAAACCCGCCCGUUCCUAUUGCCCGUGGGCCGGGGGCGCCACCUCUCGAAGCCCCGCCAGUCGACGAUGACGCUCCGGCAGCAGCUGAGGCCAUCCAGGACGGCGAUGCUGCGCCCGCACCAAACGUACCACAACAGCCCGCCCAACCCCGCCGUCAGCGUGUCCGCCGCGAAGGAAACAUCGGCUUCGCUACCGCAAGCAUAGCGGAUUCAAUUUUAGGCGCUCUCAUCUUUCCCACGAUCGCGGCAGCUAUGGGAGAAGUAUUGAAAGUUGCCCUCCCCAAGUCAUGGGUAACACCACCUAUCUCAGGUAAGCCAACCGGCUUCCUGCAGAACAAGUGGGCCAGAAGCAUAGUUGGUGGAUGCUUGUUUGUCGGCUUGAAGGAUGCUGUGCUUCUCUAUGUGCGUUGGAAGAUGGCGCAGACCCAUCGACAGCGCAGAGUGGUAGACUACGACGGUAGUAAGGGCAAGAGGAAGACCAAGUCCACGUAG